UGAUGAGGACUGAAGUUUUAACUGAAUUGAAGUGAUACAUAUUGUGGACAUUAUUUGAUUGUAAUAACUUAUACAUAAAAUACAUUUUGUUUUCUUGAAUGAAAACUACAUAGGGGAUUGAAAGAAAUGAAUUAACACCAGAAUUAUUGGAUAAUCGCACAUCUUAAAUGUUUUCAGGUCAAGACUUUUCAAAUUAACUGGUUUUGCUCUUUGAUGAAUUCUUGCUUUGCUCAUUGCUGUUUGAGGUUAGUUGUGCACGCCUUGAGCCAACCCACAACUUCCUUUUCAAAAAGCCAAAACAAAACUUUGAUUACCUUUUCAGGUAUUUUUCUCUGUGUGUGUGCAUCUAUUUCUUAUUUUCUCAUACAGCAACAGUGUGAAUUCUCCUAUUUUUGUCAAAACAAAAUCUUGUAAUUCUGAGAAAGUAUCUUCCUAGUAACCUGGCAUUCUAGAUAAAGACUUGAAUUGUUCCAGCUUGAAUUGACCUGGAUUGAACAUCUGACUGAGAGAUGAUUUCGUUUCUGCUAACCCUUGUGGUUUACAACAUAGCUUCUGGCUUCACAAAAGUCAUGGAAGUGACCCAGCCAGCAUUCAUGGUGGUAAAGAGACCAGAGGACGCCCACUUUGAGUGUAAAAUCAAGAACAUUGGCAAUGCUGAAGAUCUAAAAGUAACUUUACUUAAAGCAGAAGACAAUGAGUCAACUGAGAUCUGUGCCUCAGCCUUUACUAGGACUGGGAUCACAUUAGGCAGCAAGAAGGAAAAUCACAGAUGCCAAGUUUAUCCUGGUCCUGACUGGGUAAAUGUAACACUUUUGGGUGUACAGUCAAGUGAUGCUGGUUUGUAUAUUUGCCAGAUUGAACGGAUAUCCCCUCCACCCUACUACCCAGUCGAAGGAAAGGGGACCCAGCUCCUUGUCAUUGAUGUAGAUUCGUGCCCAGAUAAACAUCUCUAUCUUUGGAUCUUAGUACCACUAGCUUCUGGAUUGCUUGGAUACAGCAUUUUAAUCGCAAUCUUCAUUAUGGUGGACAUGAUCAGAAAAAAACGUUAUUUUUCUCCAGGGGCUUAUGAGAAAAUGAUACCAAUGUAAUCAAAAAGAAAAGGACUUCAAUGGAAAAAGGAAAAAAAAUGACUUCUAUGAAGUGUCAAUGAAAAUAAUGAAUUUCCUAAUAACUAGGAAUAUAAUUAUAAUUUCCAAUUUGGAGAAUGAGAGGCAAGGCAAUGUAUUAACAUGUAAAUGCUGAAAUUAAAUAACAAAUCUAUUGAA